AUGGAUCCCAUCAUCUCCUUCCUCCGAAACGGAACACUGCCAUAUGAUGCUACUACAUCAAUUUGCAUCCAACACAUGGUUGCCAACUUCAUCCUUAUAAGGGAUGAACUGUAUAAGAAGGCAUUUGUAGGUCCAUAUCUCAAGUGUCUUCCUCAAUUUGAAGCUGAUUACACUCUACGAAAGGUUCAUUCUAAAAUAUGUGGGGAGCAUCUUGAGCCUCUUGCCAAGAUUACUGAGGCCAAUGCCAAACAAUUUGUUUGGAAAAACAUCAUUUGUUGCUUUGGGCUUACUGCAAAAAUUAUCACUGAUAAUGAGACUCAAUUUACUGGAAGGGUCUUCACAUCAUUCUGUAAGGAUCUUCACAUUCAGUUGGUGCACACUGCUUUGGCGCAUCCCCAAACAAAUGGACAAAAAGAGGUGACAAAUCGGACGGUGCUGAAGGGGUUGAAGACUCGUCUUGAGAAGGUUGGGGGGCAGUGGGUAGAAGAGUUGCAUAACGUCCUCUAG